UCCAUUAUUUUUUCGUUCAUUUUCUCUAUUUAUUUACUCAAAUGAUUUCAUGUCUUCAAAGGCUUUUUGUUGGGUCUUUCUCAUAUACCCAAUUCAAAUACACGAUUUCCUUUGUUCUGCUAGCUAUUAAAAUUCUAAUCUAUGUGUGUACUGUAACUUAUUUGUCAUGGCAACACCAAUAUUUUGCUGUUAAAUAUUUUUUUUUUUGGUUAUGCUUCAUUUAUAUUAAAGUUAUCAUAUGUUAUUAUGGCUUUUGCAUGAUGGGGUUUCUACACACUGCGUGGCCUGGGCUUCUACAAUUUGUUUAGGGACCUAUUUUUCAUGAUGGAAUGAAAGAAUGGAACUGCUGCAAGAAGAGAAGUCAUGAUUUUACUUUAUUUUUAGAAAUUCCUGGAUGUAAGACAGGUAAGCACACAACUGAGAAGCCUGUGCUAACAAAGCCAGUGCCUAAACCAAAUAUUUCUAUCUCUCCUUCCACUUCGUCACCAGCAAAUAAUGCAUCAGCAAAAGAAUCCUGCUCUAGAUGCCGGCAAGGGUUUUUCUGCUCAGAUCAUGGUUCACAUGUAAAAGACAUUAAAUCAAAGCCUGAAAAUGCAGACACAGAUUCCCCGACAAAAAUCAUUACAGAUGCUCAGAGUAUUCCUGCUCCUGCAAAGAAGAUUGUUGAUAUAAACCAACCACAAAUCUGUAAAAACAAAGGAUGUGGUCAAAUUUUCAAAGAGAAAGAUAAUCAUGAUACUGCAUGCGGUUACCAUCCAGGGCCUGCUAUUUUCCACGACCGAGUGAGAGGGUGGAAGUGCUGCGACAUUCAUGUUAAGGAAUUCGAUGAGUUCAUGACCAUUCCUCCAUGCACGAAGGGGUGGCACAAUGCUCAAGCAACAUAGUACAAAUAGCAAUUUUCAAGCUGAGGGCCGCUGAAUGCAUCUUCAACCAUUUAUCUUUUUGCUGGACUGAUGCAGCUCGUAUUAUUUAAACUCUUUUGUACUUCUAUUUGAUUUUUUUUAGGACUCAAAUCCCGUGUCGAAAAUCUGUCUCAUUUUAUGUCUAACAAAUAAUAGAAUGACACAUCAUUAAGUAGUUUAACUAUUAAAACUUCUCAUCAA